AUGUUCGCCAGUCUCGCCCAGGCCAUGGCACCGGCCCUCGCCAUCGCCGAGUCGUUCCCGGAUCUACCGAGCGGCCAGCACUCGUGGUUCACCGCGGCCUAUACACUCACCAUAGGGGCCUUUGCCCUCCCGUCCGAACGCCUGGGCAACGUCUUUGGCCGCAAACGCGUCAUCAUUGUCGGAUGUCUCUGGUUCGCGCUCUGGAGCCUCCUCGCCGGCUUCUCCGUUAGUGUCCAGAACGGUGCGGCGAACGGCACCGCCUACUUCUGCUUCUGCCGUGCCAUGCAGGGUCUCGGGCCGGCGCUCUGCAUACCCAACGGCUUCUCCGUUCUCGAGACGACUCUGCCGCCGAGCCAGAGGAAGGACAUGGCACUCGCGUUCUUCAGCGUCGCCGCACCCGUAGGCUUCGUAGUCGGCGCCGUAAUGUCCUCUCUCUUCGCCUACAACGAUUCCUGGGAAUGGUCCUUCUUCGUUCUCGCGGCCGUCAACGUUUCCGCCGCAGGUCUCAGUCUCCUAGUCGUCCCACGACAAGGCCCCCGGAAACCCGCAUACGCUCACACCAUCUGGGUUCAGCUCGACCUAUCCGGAACCCUCCUCAGCAGCAGCGGCCUCAUCCUAUUCAGCUUCGCAUGGAACCAAGCACCUGCCGUAGGCUGGCGCACACCAUACACCUACUUCAUCCUCAUUAUCGGCACCAUGCUCCUCGCCGCCUUCCUCUACAACGAGACCGCCGCCGCGAACCCCUUACUCCCGCUGCGCGCCAUGACCUCGAGGCCGAACCUGAUCCUGGGCUGCACGGCAGCGGCGUGGGCUUGCUUCGUCCUCUGGGCCUUUUACGGCUUCCAAGCCGUCGAGGUCCUCCGCAGUUGGAAUCCGCUCCUCGCCAGCGCGGGAUUCGUGCCCGUCGCCGUCGAGGCUGUAGCGGUGGGCCUGCUGCUGGCGUAUCUGAUGCCUGGAGACGAGGUAUACUGGGCUUUCCUUGCCGCCGUCCUAUCCUUUUUACUAGCGUCCAUCCUCAUGGCUACGGCACCCUCCGAUCAAACGUACUGGGCAAAUACGUUCGUCAGCACCUUGUUCGCUUCGCUUGGGAUGGUCUCGACUACGCCACUCGCUACCAUCCUGCUUAGACAAAACCUGGCAGAGGGGCAACAAGGAGUCGCGAGUGGUCUGGUUUUGGCUGUGUCGAGCUACGGCAUGUCGCUAGCUUUUGGAAUGGCGAGAACCGUAGAGGUCCAGGUUAAUCCAGGUGGCGUAGCCAAGCUGUCCGGGUUCCAUGGAGCCCAAUAUCUUGGGACCGGACUAGGUGGCCUGGCAGUAAUAUGUGCGACAGCACUCCUAGUGCUUGUAGUAAAGUUCAGAGGUAGAUCUGACGAAGACGAAUACGCCUAG